CGGGGAGGGAGCCAGGCGGGGAGAGGCGGCGCCCCAGCUUUUCUUCUCACGUCUGCCGCGGAGAAGUGGGUUGCCCGGCUGUGCAGAUUGUUUUCAUUCAAGAUUUUCUUUCAUUUCCCGCCUAAAGCCUCCCCACGGUAGGGCCGCAUCCCCCGUCAUAAAAUGAAUUCUGAUUCCAGCUCUGUCUCCAGCAGAGCUUCCUCUCCGGACAUGGAUGAGGUGUACCUGAGGGACCACCACCACCGCCACCACCACCACCAGGAGAGCCGCCUCAACUCGGUGUCGUCCACGCAGGGCGACGUGGUGCAGAAGGUGCCCGGGGAAAGCCUGUCCCGGGCCGGCGCCAAGGUCGCGGGCGAGAGCAGCAAGUACAAAAUCAAGAAGCAGCUAUCGGAGCAGGACCUGCAGCAGCUGCGGCUGAAGAUCAACGGACGCGAGCGCAAGCGCAUGCACGACCUGAACCUCGCCAUGGACGGGCUGCGCGAGGUCAUGCCCUACGCGCACGGGCCCUCGGUGCGCAAGCUCUCCAAGAUCGCCACUCUCCUGCUGGCCAGAAACUACAUCCUCAUGCUCACCAGCUCGCUGGAGGAGAUGAAGAGGUUGGUUGGCGAGAUCUACGGGGGCCACCACUCGGCCUUCCACUGCGGGACCGUGGGCCACUCGGCCGGCCACCCGGCGCACGCCGCCAACGCCGUGCACCCGGUGCACCCCAUCCUGGGCGGCGCUCUCUCGUCCGGCAACGCCUCGUCACCGCUGUCCGCCGCCUCGCUGCCGGCCAUCGGCACCAUCCGGCCGCCCCACUCGCUGCUCAAGGCGCCCCCCACGCCGCCCGCGCUGCAGCUGGGCAGCGGCUUCCAGCACUGGGCCGGGCUGCCGUGCCCCUGCACCAUCUGCCAGAUGCCGACGCCGCCACACCUGUCGGCUCUCUCCACCACCAACAUGGCCCGGCUGUCGGCCGAGGCCAAGGACCUGCUCAAGUGAGCGGCGGGCCGGCCGGCUGCCGAGAAUGCGGGGACAGCGG